GCACUGCAACAUAUUAGUUCUGUUGCUCGGUAUAUAUAUAUAUAUAUAUAUCAAAAGGAAAAUAGUAGCAACGAUUAGAAAUGCGCCUUUCAAGGGUGAAUUUGGCACCAAUGCUUUCAAAAGCUACCAGACUUCAAUUAGGAAACGUUAAAACUGAACAUGGUACUUUCUCAAGUGCCGCUGGAUCUCAGGAAAAAUGGGGUUUUAUUUUUGGUGGACGAGUUUAUCCAGCUAUAGGGUGUACGUUUUCCUGCUUUGUUAUCGCUGUUGCAAUCACAAUUACUGGUACCUAUUAUCAAUAUCGAGAUAUGGUUUUGAUGACAGAACAUAUAACGUACGAGGAUGUCAAGGAUCGUUGCUUAACACCGAUACCUGGGUGGGCAAGAUUGCGAUCCGUCCAAAUGGCGAACCCCAUGGGUCCGAUGACGUACCGCGACCCAACUCCAUUGGACUGGCUACCAUUUGAGCUUAAAUUAGGCUCCGUGAAACAGGCUUCAUAUUAA